UAUAGGUAUUACUAUGAUAUUGUAAUAAAACGACGUGCACAGUCUUUUUCCGACGGGGUGUCCCUAUAGAGUGAUAUUAACGACAAUAAUUCUCCGGUCCACACAGACGCAAUAAACUUACGAAAUGAUUUCCUCAACGUUCUACGUAUCAUUGCUGUUCGGUAUUGGGAUGUUGAUUUCAUGUAGCUUCGGGCGAUUUACGACGGAACAAAUCGAUCACUACGGAAAAGCGUGCAACGCCAGCGAAGAUGAUCUCGUCAUAGUCAAAUCCUACAAGGUGCCAACUUCGGACACUGGAAAGUGCCUGAUGAAAUGUAUGAUCAGCAAACUAGGACUGUUGAACGACGAUGGUUCGUACAACAAAACUGGCAUGGAAGCGGGAUUGAAGAAAUACUGGUCGGAAUGGUCUACGGAUACAAUUGAGAAUAUAAACAACAAGUGUUACGAAGAAGCAUUGCUUGUGUCAAAGGACGUAGUAGCGACAUGUAAUUAUGCGUAUGUAGUGAUGGCGUGCUUGAACAAGCAGUUGAAACUUGACAAAUUGACUUAAAACUCUUUGGCAUAUUGAAGCUGAAGAGAUGACCGAAAGAACUAAGACGCGCAUCAAACGUAUAUAUUAUUUUAUUCAUUUUAAAAUCAUACUAUUUCUACUAUUAUGAUUACUUUUACACUUAAACACUAUGUAUUAAACGAUAUAGUAUUUAGUUAAAUAUAAUAAACAUGUAUAAAUAUAUAUUUACAAUUAGUUUUUGGUUUGUCACACUUUAGGAUUUAAAUGAUAUUUUCCGGUUUCCUUGAUCCGACAGCGAUCACCUUGACAUAAUUAUGUAUCGUAUAAAAUUGUGAAAAACCAUCAGAAUAAUAAUUAUUAUUAUAUUAUAUUAACGUUAUAAUAAAAUACUAUAAUUUAAUUGGUUAAUGAUAA